AUGAAUGAAAGAGAUGAAGAUCAGAGUCAGGACAGUCCAUUCGGCAUACCUCAAUCUUCAAAUAAUGAUGGAACAAAAAGUAGUAAUAAUAUUCCCUCCACAUCGUCAUCCACAAGUCCUCUUGGUCUUGAACCUAACCUCAUUGCCUCUCCAUCAAAAGGUUUGGACCUAGGCUAUAUCAUCGGCAUAAUUGUCGCGGUCACUGUCGCCAUCUUUCUCAUCAUCGCUCUAAUCGACGUCCUCCUUCUUUCUUCCCGUAUCCAAAAAUCGAUAUUGAGGAAUGGAUUCCUGAAAUUAAAUGGGAGACGGCAAUCUGCCUCUUUCCAAUACCACUCUCGAUGGAAUGAGAAAUUAGAUAAGAAACCUUUACCUACAAUCCCUGAUCCGGCGUUUCUCUCGAGUAAUAGGAGGAGGAGUGACUUUUCGGGAUACUCGGAGUCAAGGUACUCGAGAAGUAUGUCUUUUGAUAGUGGUGUGGGGUGGGGUAGAGAUGAAGAGGAAGGGUAUGCGAAGAGUUUCAUCAGGGGCGGAAGAGAGUGGGAUGAGAAAUCCAUGAGAUCGACUGCGAAGUCUGCGAAGUCGGCGAGGCAAGAGAGGGAGAGUAAAGAUAAUAGGGUAAUCAGACCGGGCAUGGGAGUUGGAAAAGGGGAUGACGAGGGGGAAGGAGAAUGGUAUUCGAUGUAUGAGGAAUCAAUUUAUACGGAUGACGGACGAGAAAAUUCGAUUCCGGAUAUUCAUCAUCCUUCCUAUUCAUUACAUACCCCUGGCACAUCUCAAUCUACGGACCGCAUGAAAGAAAAACCAUACGACGAAGAGAGCUCAAUGGGAUUAACAACAAAAGAAAGAGCAGAGAUCAAAAGAACGAAAACUACUCCAUACACAUAUGAAGGAAGAAUUAAAGCGGGAAUGGGCGUGCAGAAAAGAUAUACGAUGAUUUUUGUGAGGGAGGUGGAAGAGGUGAGGAGGGCGAUGGAGAGAAUGGAGAGGCUGGAGGAGAGGGAUAGAGUGAAUUUUGAGAUUUGGAGGAGGUUUUGGAGGAAGGGGGGUGGGGCGAAAUGA